AGUCGAUGAAUCAAGGAGCACCGAAACCAUAGUAGUACUUUCUUUUGGAGUACAAGGUGAGUGUUUGAUUCAUAGAUGUUGUUCUAUAUUGAAUUGAACUUGAAUGUUGGCUUAGUGCCCUGUGAUUGGCUUUAUGCCAAAAGGCUUUUAUGCCUUAAGUUAUUGGCUGUGUGCCCGGUGAUUGGUUUUAUUGCAAAAGGCUUUAUGCCUUAAAUUAUUGGUUGUGUGCCCGGUGUUGCUUUUAAUUGCUUUUGGUUCUCGAUAACUGUUACAAGAUGAGUUUAUCUUUUAAGUUGUACCUUUAAUAUGGAAUUGCAUCCAUGUCUCAUAAACACUCCUGGAUUCCAAAAUGGAAUCCAGUUUUGCAGGCGUUGUCGAUAUCCAUUGCUGAUUGUCUUGUGGUUGUAUGAUCGCUUAGGGUAGCGUGGCAAGAAGACUUGGCGAGUUUUGGCGAGACAUUGUAGAUAGAAAUCUAGUUGCAGCUCAUGUUAAUACUAGUUUGUUGUAUAGUUUAAUGCUUUCUUAAGACUUCCGCUGUGUUUGUAAGAACUAUAUAUUUUGCGUUAUCAAUAAAAUGGUUGUUGGUUAACUUAAUUGCUAAAACUUGAGUUAUAGGAAUGGGUUGGUGGUUGAUGUUGCACCCUCACGUCGGUUUGGGCUCAUUCGAGUGCUCGCCCGGGGUGGGGUGUUACAGCUUGGUAUCAGAGCCUAGGCUUAUCUAGAUUCUGAGAGUCAUUGAGCGAGUGGCGAUCUAGCAGUAGAUUUUGGAGUCGAUCGUAUUUUGUCGAGUAGUUUUGUGUUGGUUUAUCUAACAUGAUAAAAUAGUAUAUGUUGUUGCUGUUGUCAAAUUGAAUUGCAACAGGUAAGGAAAAUGGAAGAAGAAACCUCUUCGCAUCCUGAGCAAGCAAAUCCGGCUACUAGGGCUGCACCAGCAGGAGUUUAGGUCGGGGCUAGGGAUAUAGAUAGAUUAUUGGCGGCUUUGGCACAGUACGCUGAAUGACAAGCUGCACCUCCGGUUAAUCAGAAUGUUGGAUUACUAGAGAAAUUCAAGAAGCUAUAUCCAACGGAGUUUAAGGAAGGUGACUUUAGCAACCUUCACCUUGAAAGGGCAACCUUUAAUAUGGUGGGUGGGAAGUCAGAGGUUGCUGUCAGCCCCAUUACCAGGUAUUCAGCCACCAGUGCCACAAGUCAUUACAUGGGCGAGGUUUGUGAAGGCCUUUAAUGAUCGUUACUGUCUUGAGACGUAUCGUUUCCAGCAGGAAGCAGAUUUUAUUAAUCUUAAACAGGGGAGUAUGUCGGUGGCCGAAUACGAAGGCAAGUUUAAUGCUCUUUUAGCCUAUGCUACAGAUAUGGUUGAUACUGAAGAAAAGAAGGGUAGACGGUUCAGAGGUGGGUUGGAGGAUAAUGUUCGAACCAGAAUGACGACUUAUAAAAGAAAAAGACUAUGCGGAUUUGAUUGAAACAACGAAGAAGAUUGGUAAGGAUGAUGAAGAAAUGUUCAGCAAAAGAGAACAAUCAAAGAAGAGUAAAUUCGAGACGAGGCAGGGGGUAAAUCAAGCGGUUUGAAUAGAGGUGGAGGAGGAUUUCAACAUUUGAAAGGUCAAAGUGAGAGUAAACAACAAGGAAGUCAAAGCUAUGAGGCAAGUAAGCCAAGUUUUGGCAGAGGGAGUAGUUCAAGUGGACAUGGUACUCCUUUUCAGUGUUAUUGGUAUGGGUCACCCGAUCAUCGCAUGAGAGAUUAUCCGGAAUUGGGGAAAGGGUUUAAAUGUUUUAGAUGUGGAGAAAUGGGGCAUAUUGCAACUCAUUGUACAAAAUCGCAGGGUUUAGGUGCAUCUUCUAGUGGUAGUGUUUCAGUUGGCCGUGGAACAAAUGUUGGUAGGCCUGUUGGUCGGGGUGGUGGAGUAGGUGGAUCUACAGCACCGGGAAGAGUGUUCGCCAUGACACGGCAAAAUGUUCAGGCAACUCCAAAUGUGGUGACAGGUACUCUUAUGGUUUGUGGUGUUAAUGCACAAAUUUUAAUUGAUCCUGGUUCUACGCAUUCUUUUGUGUCGAACUUGUUUAGUGUGCAUUUGAAUAAGCAUUAUGUGUUAUUAAACACUGCUUUGGCGAUAUCUACACCCGUUGGAGAAGUGGUGAUAGUUGGGGUAUCUUUUCCCAAGUGUGUGGUGAGUGUGGGUGGUAGAAAUCUAGAAGUUGAUUUGAUUCCUUUAGUAAUGUCUGAUUUUGAUGUUAUUUUAGGAAUGGAUUUCUUGUAA